AUGGCAAGCACUAAACCACUAUGCUUUCCGAGAUGCAGUUUUCCUUGCAGAAAGACUGUAUGCCGAAGGCUUGCUGAGGGGGAACAGAUCUUGUCUGGUGGAGUUUUAAAUAAGCAGAAAAGCCAUGAUGAUAUUGUUACGGAGUUUGGUGAUUCAGCUUGCUUCACACUUUCAUUGUUGGGACAUGUAUAUUGCAAGACAGAUCGGCUUGCCAAAGGAUCAGAAUGUUACCAAAAGAGCCUUAGUUUAAAUCCUUUCCUCUGGUCCCCUUUUGAGUCAUUAUGUGAAAUAGGUGAAAAGCCAGAUCCUGACCAAACAUUUAAAUUAACAUCGUUACAGAACUUUAGCAGCUGUCUGCCCAACACUUGCACAACCCUAGUAUCUAAUCACAAUUUAUAUCACAGACAGCCUGAGACAGUUCUAAUGGAAACACCCCAAGAUACAAUUGAAUUAAACAGACUGAAUUUAGAAUCCUCCAAUUCAAAGUACUCCUUGAACACAGAUUCCUCAGUGUCUUAUAUUGAUUCAGCUGUAAUUUCACCAGACACUGUCCCCCUUGGAACAGGAACUACCAUACUGUCUAAACAGGCUCAAAAUAAACCAAAAACUGGGCGGAGUUUAUUAGGAGGACCAGCUGCUCUUAGCCCUUUAACUCCAAGUUUUGGGAUACUGCCACUAGAAACUCCAAGUCCUGGAGAUGGAUCAUAUCUACAAAACUACACCAACUCCUCUUCUGUAAUUGAUGUGCCAUCCACAGGAGCCCCUUCAAAGAAGUCUGUUGGCAGAAUCAGCCAAGCUGGAACAAAGUCUGUCUUCUCACAGAGUGGAAAUAGUCGAGAGGUAACUCCAAUCCUUGUUGCACAAACACAAAGUUCUGGCCCACAGACAAGUACAACACCUCAGGUAUUGAGCCCCACUAUUGCUGCUCCACCCAAUGCACUGCCUCGAAGAAGCUCACGACUUUUUACUAGUGACAGCUCUACAACCAAGGAAAAUAGUAAAAAGUUAAAAAUGAAGUUUCCACCUAAAAUUCCAAAUAGGAAAACAAAAAGCAAGACUAAUAAAGGAGGAAUAACUCAACCAAACAUCAAUGAUAGCCUGGAAAUUACAAAAUUGGAUUCUUCCAUCAUUUCAGAAGGAAAAAUAUCCACUGUAACACCACAGAUCCAAGCUUUCACUAUUCAGAAAGCAGCAGCAGAAGGUUUGAUGAGCCUUCUUCGUGAUAUGGGAAAAGGCUACUUAGCUUUGUGUUCCUAUAACUGCAAAGAAGCGAUAAACAUUCUGAGCCACCUCCCGUCUCACCACUAUAACACUGGUUGGGUACUAUGCCAGAUUGGAAGAGCAUACUUUGAACUGUCCGAAUAUAUGCAGGCUGAAAGAAUAUUCUCAGAAGUGAGACGGAUUGAAAAUUACCGAGUAGAAGGCCUGGAGAUCUAUUCAACAACACUUUGGCAUCUUCAAAAAGAUGUUGCUCUUUCAGUUCUUUCAAAGGACUUAACUGACAUGGAUAAAAAUUCACCAGAGGCCUGGUGUGCUGCAGGAAACUGUUUCAGUUUGCAAAGGGAGCAUGAUAUUGCAAUUAAAUUCUUCCAGAGAGCUAUCCAAGUUGAUCCAAAUUAUGCUUAUGCCUAUACACUGCUGGGGCAUGAAUUUGUGUUAACUGAAGAACUAGAUAAAGCAUUAGCCUGUUUUAGAAAUGCAAUCAGAGUCAAUCCUAGACAUUAUAAUGCAUGGUAUGGGCUGGGAAUGAUUUAUUACAAACAAGAAAAGUUCAGCCUUGCAGAAAUGCAUUUCCAAAAAGCACUUGAUAUCAACCCUCAGAGUUCAGUCCUACUUUGUCAUAUUGGAGUUGUUCAGCAUGCACUGAAAAAAUCUGAAAAGGCUUUGGAUACCUUAAACAAAGCCAUCAUUAUUGAUCCCAAGAACCCUCUAUGCAAAUUCCACAGAGCCUCGGUUUUAUUUGCAAAUGAAAAAUAUAAGUCUGCUUUACAGGAACUUGAAGAAUUGAAACAGAUUGUUCCCAAAGAGUCUCUCGUUUACUUCUUAAUAGGAAAGGUUUACAAGAAGCUAGGUCAAACUCAUCUGGCCCUGAUGAAUUUCUCUUGGGCAAUGGAUUUAGACCCUAAAGGAGCUAACAACCAGAUUAAAGAAGCAAUUGACAAGCGUUAUCUUCCAGAUGAUGAGGAACCCAUAACUCAAGAAGAACAGAUCAUGGGAACAGACGAAUCCCAAGAGAGCAGCAUGACAGACGCAGAUGACACACAACUCCAUGCAGCAGAAAGUGAUGAAUUUUAACUUCUGGAAGCCAGACAUUUGCACCUGGAUGUGUGACUAGUGCUGUUAUUUUUUCUUGUCCCUCCAUGUCCUGAGUCUUCACACCUUGAGCCAGCAUUGUCAUUGUCCAUCACUUAUACCAGGAGUGUGCCAUUUUCAUCGGACCCAGACUGUACACAGAAUGAAUGAAUGGCAGUGCAAUAUUCAUCUGCUACCAAGACUGGCUCUUUCACCUAUAUGAACACGACAGUUUAUGGGGGAAAGACUUUUUUUCUUUU